UUAGGGAGUGUUUGGCUGGUAGCCCAAAUGUUUAUAAAAAGUCUUAUAAUAUUUAUUUUGGCAUUUCUACAUUGAACAUUGAAUUGAAUGGAAUAGAUGCGCAUCUUUAAGUGAAUGUUUCAGAAUCAAACUAUAGCAACAUAUAACAGGAUCUAUUGAACAUUUUCAAAUUCAUGGUCAACAUUUACAUGUGCAUGUCUAUGAAAAGGAGUUAACUUCAUGUGGAUUUAUGGAUGCUCACUGAAUGGGAGAUCAGGCCUCAUCAUACUGACCACAUGGUCAUUACAUGUAUAUGAUCUGAAUCAGUUCACAGUUUGAAAGAACUAAAGGUUGAUUGGAUUUUGCUUGCAGCAACGUUGACUUUCAUUACAUGUAAUUUGAAGCAGGCUUCAGUUAGAAAUAAAAGUGAUUGGGCCUCUCGGAUGAGUGUCAUACUUGUAUGCUUGAACGAUUGAAUCUCCAAAUUCAGAGAUUAACGAGAAUUAAUUCAGAAAUUAACGAGGAUUAAUCACCUAAGAUGUCGAGACGAAUUUCACAUAGACAAAGACGGGAGAGUGAAGCGUAUAACAAAGACACAGAAAGACACACUCUCCGUAUCAAGCGAACAAUAGAGAGACUGAAAACGCACGAGUUUCCCUUUGAGAAUCUCGUUUUAGAAGGGGGUGGUGUUAAGACUACUGCAUAUCCAGGUGCUCUACAGGUGCUUGAAGAUGUGGGUAUCCUCCAGAACAUCACUAGGUUCUGUGGCAGUAGUGGUGGGGCGAUUAUAGCUAUGUGCCUUGCCCUCAGGUACACCCCCAAGGAGAUAGGUGACAUGUUGAGGAAUAUGGACCAGAAAGCUCUUUUUAUGGAUGCUACAUUUGGGAUAUUUGCAUUUCUUCCGAACAUGUUCCGAAAGUUUGGCUGGCAUCCUGCAGAAAAACUUGUUAAUUACGGUAGAGAGGCCAUAAGGAGAAAAUCGGGCAAGCCAGAUUUAACAUUCAAAGAGUGUUAUGAGCAAUUUGGAACAGAGCUAGUCAUGACAGCUACAAAUCUGACAACUACAUCAUUGGAGUAUUUCCAUAUGAAGACCAGUCCUGAUAUGCCUAUAAUCACUGCUUGUAGAAUGUCUUUAUCCAUCCCAGGUAUUCUCCAGCCAGUGAAGUAUGUGAAAAAUGGUUUAACAAAUUACUACAUUGAUGGGGGUCUUCUCAAUAAUUAUCCUAUUAAGGCAUUUGAUGGAUGGUUUCUGUCAAUGAAAAGCCAGGAUUCAUUCUUCCAAAAGCUUGGGACGGAGGAAGAAUUCUUUGAGACGUAUAACCCCAAGACACUUGGUCUUCUUGUGUUCUCUGCAUUUGAGAGUGAUUUCUUGAGAGGCAAAUUACUGAACAGAGACUUUGAGUUUGCUACACCCAGCAGACCAAAAUCUAAGCUAGCAAAAGCGAAGGAAAAAUCGUGCCAGAAAAGAAUGACAGAUAGUGCACGUAAAUUCCACACCUUUCAAGCCAUCAAAAGAUUCAUGGCUGUUGUUAAAGAGAAUGAUAUUGACCAGGAUGGUAUCAUAGGAAUAGAGGAGCUUGAAAAAGUCUUUGAGAGGGCACAAGAGGAUCCUGUCUUGAGGAGAGAUAUGCAGAUACUCUUUGGGGAGAGGUGCACCUUUACUGAAAUGUUGAAAGAACUCGACCGAGAUGGAGAUAAGCAGAUAACAUUUAAUGAGUUCAUGGACUUUGUGGAACGCAAGGGGAUACCAUCUCAAACCUACCUGCAGUCAGCCACACAUGUUGAGUUUGACUCUGCAGGAGCUUUCUUCGGAUCAAUCAUAGACACCAUUGAUGUGCAUAUGAAGUCCAUCAGUUUACAGUCUGCAGACUUUAACAGGACAGUUGGAAUCCACACUGACUAUGUUGGCACAUUGGAUCAACUUGCACCAGCAGAUUGUGACUUCGUUACUGCUCAAGGUCGAGAUGCAACUGUGGCCUACCUCACAAAGUAUCUCAAAAUGAACAACAUGGGAUCGGGAACACCAGGAGGCUCUCUUGGGGGUUCAUUGGGAGGCUCCCUAGGGGGAACACCAAAUGGCACCCUAGAGAGGCCUCGUUCUGGAUCAGCUGUGCAGGCUAAAAUACAAGCAAAACUUGUGAAGGAGAGAUUGAGUAAUGGAAAUGGACUCCAUCUCUCAAUUAAUAACGGGCAUGUUCCUGAAGGUGAUGACAAUAAACAUGUACAAACUGAAUGCAGCUCAACAAAUUAUGAUACUGUCAAUGAGUUAGCGAGAAGUCCAGAAAUACUAAUGGAGUUAGUGAGUGGUGUGGCGGGAGGGAUUCAAGAGAACAUUGCUGAUCCAUUUAAACAUAAAGGAGAAAUGACCAGCGACACAGUUAGUGAGGAAAGGGCUAGGCAAAUGGGAAGUGAUACAGUCUUUGAUGAAACAGUUGAUGGUAAUGGACCAAAUGUUGCUGAAAAACUGAAUGAUGUUGGUGAACAGGAUAUUCCUGCUACAUCAGAGGAUACUAGGCAAAUGGCUAGUGACACAGUCUUUACAGAAAGUCUGCAUGGCAAUACUGAAGAUAAAAUUCAAUCUUUAGAAGCAACUAGAUUAUGAUGAUCCAUAGAUUGUGAGUAAGAUACUCAAUAUAGUUUGAGUAAAUUUCGAUGUUCAGUAUACUGUGAAUGCUCAAUACAUGUGUAAUAUGAGUAAAUUGUGAUGCUCAAUUGAACAUGAGUCAUUUAGAUUGCUGAUUAUAUUGGGAGUGUAUUGAGAUGCUCAAUUUAAUGUGAGAAGAUCGAUAUGCACAUUUGAAUGUGAACAAAUUGUUACAUUCAUUUGAGUAUGUGUAGGUUAUGAUGUUUAUUUGUGAGUAGAUUGUGGUACACAAUAUACAAUAUUGUGAGUAUAUUAUUUGUGAUACUCAAUAUAUUAUGAGUCAGUUGUGAUGCUUAAUAUAGCAUGAUCUUGAGUAUAUUGUGAUACUCAAUAUAUUGCAUUAUAGUCGAAAGAAAGAUCUAUUAUUAAAGGAACAAAUGAACAGAAUGAGUUUAUAUCAAUAUUUGUAUGAGUGAGCAUAGCGAUUGAGCAAGAUAUUGAUAUACUUAUAGAAGAGCAAAUAAGGAUGUUCUGCACUUU